GGGGCGUUUCCCACAUGGCGUUGCUUGACAAGCAUGGGUACUAUGGGAGACUAUGAAGACAUUGGACUAGAUCUUAGAGUUCCCAAAAUGUCCCCGGAUGAUCCGGAGCGGUGUGACAGUCGGACGGAAUCAGAGGGAGACGAACAAACGACUCAGGCAUUCCUCGUGCAAAACGGUCGAAAGAUCAAGUUAGAGAGGAGCGAGAGCGACCCAGAGUGCGAGAACCCCAGGGUGAUCGAUGACAGUCACAUCGAUGAGGUAUCGGGCGGAGGUAUCGAUAUCAAUCUCUGUUACCCAGAGGGCGAUUUUUACGCCUUGGGCGCUCAUAACGAUGGGAGUUUCGAUGAUUCUGAGGUGUCUGUGAAAUCUGACGACUCGACGACGAUAACCGGCGAUGACUCUGUGAUUGUUCUAAACAGUGGGCGGCGGCUCAGUGGGGAGGGGGAGAGGCGGAUACAGCUGAGGAGUCUGCUGGACUCCAGGGUCAAUAGAGGCGGGAAGAUAGAGAAAGUCCGAGUCAUCAAAAGCAACAACAUGACAAAACUAGACGUCUCAAAGGGAAACCUGCGAGCCAACCUCCGCCUCCAGCUGAUGCGUUUGCAGACGGAACAGGAGGAGAAAAAGAACGAGCAGACACCAUCCUACUCCCAGUCCUACCGGCCAGCUCAUACCGCUCCUCAGUCGAUCCAGAUACCGGCGGGCUCCGUUAGCUCCAGUACAGAGGUCCCUACACGAGUUCUUACAGUGAAGACUCAGCUAGAAAACCCAACACAGUUUCAUGUGACUGAGAACCAGAAGCGACAGAUUCACCUGUUCCUGCACAACUCUGGUAAGGUGACCACUGCCCAGUCUAUGCCUGCCCUCACCACACAGAUCCCCGGGGCCAACAUGGUGCCCACUACGGUCAGCGGCAGCGCCCCCGUGGACCCGGACAGCCCGCUCUCCAUGGGACUCAGCAGUGCCACUAACAGUGUCUCCGAUUUCAAUGAGGUGGAUAACCUUUUGAAUGACCUCAUCAGCUUGGAGUCAGUGGAUCCUAAUGUAGACCAGGAUCUUAAUCUGUUGGAACCCUCCCUCAACCACAUGUCCACAACACUUCCCCAUUCAAACAACAUCCUUGGUCUGUACGACACAAAUGAUGAUGCGUCGAAUGGAGCCAGCUCCUGCCCCGCCAAGUUUCAGGCGGGGGAACUGAGACUGCCAGAGUUCAUGUCCGAGGAGGAAAAGAGAAUGUGGGCAAAGGACCGACAGAAGAAAGACAACCAUAACAUGAUUGAGAGAAGAAGAAGAUUCAACAUAAACGACAGAAUCAAAGAACUUGGCACUCUCCUCCCAAAGAGCACCGACCCUGACAUGAGACAGAACAAAGGGACGAUCCUGAAGGCCUCAGUGGAGUACAUCCGCCGGCUGAAGAAGGACCAGGACCGGGUGAAGCAGAUGGAGACCCGCCAGAGACAGCUGGAGAUGAACAACAGGAAGCUGCUCCUCAGAAUGCAGCAAAUGGAGUUGGUCAUGAAAUCUCAAGGAAUGGGAACUGGUCUUGACAACGAAAUAGAACAACUGACACUCACCCAGCAACCUGCCCCCUUUCAGGCCGCCAAAUUCCAGCCUGAUCUAACUCAAACCAAUGUUUUCGUGAACCAUGCUAACAUCAUGGAUGAGUUCAUGGAUGACAGUUCUCCCGUGAACGCGGACCCUAUGCUGUCGUCUGAGCCCGUGAGUCCCAGUAACCUGGACGAUUCAUCAGACAUGUUAUGAAUGCGAACGCUCAGUUCUGUAUGAGUGUUUUCUUGUCUCUGAACACUGCAAAUCUGUGCUCAUGAACUUUCGACUGUGAUGCUGGUUAUCUAGUAAAGAUAUUGAGCACAGGAUGCCUGCAGACAAUGCCUACAGCUCCAAGUGCAAUGGCGAAAGGAAUCUGCCGAGAUUUGAUUUCGAAAUUUGGAGGACUACAGCUCUCCUUCUCUGAGAAGAAAACUUUUAUCUGAAGUGCAAUUCUUACAUUAAUACUAUGCAAUGAGCAAGUACAACAGACGUUAUGUAACACUCAAAUUUAGCAUACUUCACCCCCUGUUAUCUUAUGCCCUGCCCCCUCACUUCAUGUACCACCUUUCAGUGAUAUUCAUUUCAUUAUUUUAGAUUUUUAAAAUCCUGUCUCACAAACCAUAUGAGCCUACCACAAAUGUAUACCCCACUCAUCAACACCACAUCUUGUCAGUAGACAAGCAAUUUUAAAUUUUACCAUUGUUUAAAAUUGUGAAAAUACAACUUGUCAACAUCCCUAUAACACUGUAUAGGGGGUUAUUUUCGCAUGUGUUAUUUUCAACCUUUUACACAAAUGUAUACCCCACCCAUCAACACCACAUCUUGUCAGUAGACAAACAGUUUUAAAUUUUACCAUUGUUUAAUAUUGUGUAAAUACAACUUGUCAACAUCCCUAUAACACUGUAUACAGGGUUAUUUUCAACCUUUUACACUUUCAGACAGUUUUGUCCCAUCUGGAAUUCAACCAGACACAGUUAAAAUAGAUGCUCUUUCUAAUCAAAACAGUUAUUUUAAGAAUUAUCCCAGUCUUACAUUCCACAGCUGACAACAAAGGAGAAAGGGGCGAAAAUAAAACAGGGACGAAUACUGCCUUGUAUACAGUACAUAGUCAUGGGACUGACCAUUCUAAUAAUUAUUCUAUUUGUGAUUAAUAGAGCUGUCAUAGGAGAUAUUGUAUAGAAAUGAUACAUUGAUACCAUUAUGUAUUAUGGUCAAUGUUUUGCUCUGGUGCUAUGUACGAGUAUGUAUGAAAUGUAUUUUAACAAAUUCAAUGGAAAAUGAUUUUACCAAGACCUUUAAAUUUGAUAUGCAAGUUAAAAGAACUUUCAUUAUGACAGUGAUCAUAUUGAUGUUACAUUUAUAAGAAAAUUAGUAUGAAUUUUUUAUGUUUUGUUUAUAUUGAAUGUGCAAUAUUUAUUUUAAAAGUAAAAACAAUACUUUCAGAAAUUAUUUUCACAAGUUUAAGUUUUAUGGUUUUUGCAUUUUUUUAAUGAUAAAACAUGAAAAGUGUUUUUAUUGUUUGGUAGAAUGAGAUUUGUUUAAUUUUAAUUUGUUGUCUUUAGGAACAGUUUUAUUCAUUAGUCACCAAAAUGGUGUCUACUUGUAUAUCAUUGAAAUAAGUUGUUGAAUGAAAUGGUUGUUAUAAAUAUAUACUGUGAAAAUGCCAGUUACUGAGAGAAUUAUUAUGUGUUUUGUCUCAUACUCACACCUUGUAAAUACUAAUGUGUUCUGUCUAUUUAGAACACAAUGUCAUUUGUUUCUUAUAAAAUUAUCUUGUAUAUAACUUGUCAAAUUGGAACAUUUUGAGAGUUUACUCAGUGCUUUUUAUGAAGUUUUCUUUGGAACUAUGACUUGUUUAAAUAAGUUUGCAGUUUUUAAUAUAUCAUCGUCAUAUGUUAUUAUGAUAAAAGAAAAAAUAUAUUUUAUCUUGCAAAAAUAAAAAGUAAGAUGAAUGGAUGA